UGGAUAAAGAUUAGUUUGUCUAUGGUCGUAUGGUUGGCUCCCUGGAUAAAACCUAAAUAAUUCAAUAUCGUUUGAAAUCAGACUGCUUGAAAUGCAUUACUUUAAGAGAUUUUAAUUAAUAUCUUUUGUGAAAAUUCACCUUUCCACAUGGAUAAAUUCACAUUAAUAUCAGGAACUUUGUUCAUGGCAGCUGAUAUAUUUGCCAUAAUCACUGGUGGUGAUACACAAUUGGGACUAAUGUGGACUUGUACGACUGUGUAUAACAGACCUCAAGUAUGCUUUACUCCUGACCUUCAGCCUGAAUGGUUACUUGCUCUUGUUUGUAUAUUUGUCGGAUGUAUAUGUAUAACAACAACAAUAAUCUUACUUGUUUCUUCUCAUUGGGAUAGAAAUGUACUACCAUAUGCAAGGUGGGUUGGUUUUACUGCAAUGAUAUUGUUUUGUUUAGCAGCUGUUAUAUUUCCAAUGGGUUUUCAUAUUGAUGAGAUAGGGGGACAGCCCUAUCAACUUCCUAAUAGCCACCAAGUAGGAAUUUCUUAUCUAAUAUUUGUAUUAGCAUUAUGGGUAACUGUUGUAUCAGAAUUUUUCGUAGGAAAGGUUUGUUUACCUCACCUUUAAAAUGAUUUUUUUAUUUAGAUUUGUGUAUAUCCAUGACAGUUUUCUGUAAUAAUAACUUUUAGCGUAUUCGACUAGCUGCACCACUUCAAAUUAAUUCGAGCUAAUUAUGUCAUUCAGCACUACAAAAAUUCGAAUUAAUUCGCACUGGUGCAGCCAGUUGAAUACGCUAUUUGAUUUAUGAAUUUUCAGCCAAUUCAUAGUUUGAAACGUAAUUAAAUAGUCGAGAGUCCCAAUCCAAAUUUAGUUUUGGGUUUAGGUGCUUGUAUUGCUGUUUUUACCUCAGGAUGUAAUUAUUUAAGUUCAAUGUGAAUAAUGCUCUAAAUUUAAAAUUUACUUCGAUUAAUUUUGAGGAUUGCUCUGUAUAUAAUAAUAAUAAUCUUUAUUGUUGACCCUUAAACAGCAAAAACAUUACUGGCACCAGGGCCUACUAAUUAUAUUUCUACUUGAAACCAGAAAAUAACAACAUAAAUAAUACUCUAAACUUAACUAUAAUAACAAAAAUAAAGUCUAUUCUAGUCUUAUAAAGUAUUUUAAGGCAUGGCAAAACUUCCUCCAAUCUCUGAUGCUAACCAAAUCCGAAGGGGCGGAGUUAAAUACAUUUAUGCUUCUGUAGAUCGGUGUUUAAUUUGUCCUCCUAAGGUCGUUUCUAAGUGUCUCUCUUUGUCUUGUCAAGUGGCUAUGGUAUUGCAGUGUCUGUCUCAAUUUUAUUCUAGUUUUCAAUUCAUUGUUCCUUGUGCCAUAUAUUAAUUUUAUCUGUUCUAAUUUUCUCAGUUUCAUUAUGUCAAGAAUUUUUGUUUUUUCAUAUACAUGUCUUGUUGGAGAACUAUGUUCUAUAUUGAAGAUACUUUUAACUGCUUUAUUAAUUAAUUUUAAUUUAAACUAACUAAAAUAAUGCAUCACUGUUGAAAAAUUAAAGCUCACACUAUACCUGGCUGAAAUCUCAAAAAACAAAGUCUGCAUAAGAAAAAACAAAUCUUUUGAUAUGCAUAAAUUAUUUAAAUUUUCUUAAACCCCCAUCAACCAUUUUUUUUAAUGCAUCAUUAAUGAGAAAGGUCUUCAAAAAUAGUUUCAACGAACUGAUUGUAUUAAAAAUUUAUUCACACAGUGAAGUUUCAAGAGGUAUUUCUUCCCUUCUUUGGCUUAUAAAUAUGCAAUCGAAAAUCCUUUGAAGCAUUCAAAUUCAGAGAAGAAAUAUCACUUGAAUAUCAUAAAUGUUAUUAUCAUAUUAUUCUUUCCCCAGUUUGGAACGUUGGGUUUAUGAGAGUUUGGUAUGAAAAAUUAAAAAGCAAAUUUUUAAUUUAAGUAGUAACUUCUGACAAAACUUUAUAGUAUAAUGUUGGUUCAAUUAAUCAUUUCAUUCUAAAAACCUAUUUGCAAAUUGUUAAGUUCAAUUAAUACAAUGCUGUAUCAAGAUAAAUGUAUAAUAUCUUCUGUACUUCUCUUUAUUAUAUUCUUAAUUUGGAUAUAUACCCAAUUGAAUCUCAUUGCCUGCAAUUUGAAAAUACUCUUAGGAUUUGUUUUGGCAACUAACCCCCUUUAACUGUGAUAAACGAUUUUUUAUGUAGAAUAGUAGAAUGAUGUACUGAAAUAUAAAUUUCCCAUUA